ACACAUGAGAGGGAAGAUCAGCAGAUCAGCGAGCAGAAGUGAAGAAAGGGAACUGAGCUUUAGUUUGGAACACUUUUUACAAGAAAGUGAAACUAGUUCACAUUCUCUGAGGUGACAUGGCGCAGCAACAAAACCUCAUGGAUCGGAAAAAGCUCUGCUGUUCCAUCUGUUUGGAUCUACUGAAGGAUCCAGUGACUAUUCCCUGUGGACACAGCUACUGUUUGGACUGUAUCAACAGCCACUGGGAUGAAGAGAAUCAGAAGAGUAGUUACAGCUGUCCUCAGUGCAGACAGAGCUUUGAACCGAGGCCUGUCCUGAUGAAAAACACCAUGUUGGCAGAUUUAGUGGAGGAAGUGAAGAAUAAGAAGACAGACGUCAAAGCGAGUCCAGUUGAUCACAGCUAUGCUGGACCUGGAGAUGUGGGAUGUGAUGUCUGCACUGGGAGAAAACUGAGAGCUCUGAAGUCCUGUCUGCAGUGUCUGGUCUCUUACUGUGAGCAGCACCUCCAGCCUCACUAUGAAUCCCCUGCCUUUGGAAAACACAAGCUGGUCGACCCCUCAAAAAAGCCUCAGGAGAACAUCUGUGCUCGUCAUGGUAAAGAGAAGAAGAUCUUCUGCCGCACAGAUCAGCAGUGUAUCUGCAUUCUCUGCUCCAUGGAUGAACAUAAGGGCCAUGACACUGUCUUAGCCAUAACAGAAAGGACUGAGAAGCAGGGAGAGCUCGUGGUGAGUCGGCAAAACAUCCAGCAGAGAAUCCAGAACAGAAAGAAAGGUGUGAAGCUGCUUCAGGAGGAGCUGGAGGCCAUCGAUCUCUCUGCUGAUAAAGCAGUGAGGGAAAGCGAGAAGAUCUUCACUCAGGUGGUCAGUUUGAGCAAGAGCAGCAGCUCUGAUGUGAUGCAGCAGAUCAAACACCGGCAGAAAAGUGAAGUGAGUCGGGCUUUGAAGAUUCAGGAGAAGCUGAAGAAGGAGAUCAAUGAGCUGAGGAGGAAAGACGCUGAGUUGGAGAAGCUCUCACACACAGAGGAUCACAGCCAGUUUCUACACCAUUACUCCUCACUGGCAUGUCUCGGUGAGCCUUCAAACUCACCUAGCAUCAAUCCCCGCCCUAAGCAGUACUUUGAAGAUGUUACUGGAGCUGUGUCGGAGGUCAGAGAUAAACUACAGGAGGUUCUCACCGAUGCGUGGAGUAGGAUCUCAAAGCCUGAAGAAGUGGAUGUUUUACUCCAACAGGAAGAGCCUAAGACCAGAGCUGAGUUCUUACAACAUUCCCAGGAAACCACCCUGGAUCCAAACACAGCACACGCACGGCUGCUGUUGUCUGAGGGCAACAGAAAAGCAUCAGUAGUGAGUGAAAAACUGUUAUACCCGAGCCAUCAGGACAGAUUUACGGACAUGUUUCAGGCCAUGUGCAGAGAGAGUCUGAGCGGACGUCAUUACUGGGAGGUGGAGAGGAACGGAUUUGAGGUGUCGAUGGCCGUCACCUACAAGGACAUCAGCAGAACAGGAUAUGAAAGUGGAUUUGGAAACGAUGACAAGUCUUGGGCAUUGGAGUGUUUCAACAACAGUUAUGGGUUCAGACAUAACGGUACUAACAUUGUGAUUUCAGGUCCUCGGUCCUCCAGAGUAGGGGUGUACCUGGAUCACAGUGCAGGUGUUCUGUCCUUCUACAGCGUCUCCGAAACCAUGAAACUCCUCCACAGAGUCCACACCACGUUCAGCCAGCCUCUGCGUCCUGGGUUUGGUGUUUUUGCCUCAUUUGGUAACGGAUCUGCAGAGUUUUCGAAGCUUGAUAUUUGAAUCUAUACUUUCACAAAGUCUUCCUGAUUUGAGAACAGGUUUUGCUUAUUAAUUUGAUCUGACUAUGUUCUAUAAGUGCAAGGAUGACUCCUUUCUGUGGGCCGACAUGGAAGCUAGCGCAAUGAGAGCUCCAUCCAAUAAAAAAACCAUGGAAUAUUCGCAUUCGAUGAAAGAAGAAUUGCAGAAAAUGUCCAAAUAUUCACACCAAUCGCCAGAGGUCAAAAGCUGACGUUAGGCUAUAGCACAUGUACUACAUCAUAGUCACAUGACUCAAUCACCACCGCUAAGCUAUAUGUGGCUAAUGUUCGGAGUGACGAUGUUAAGUAGUCUCAUUGAGUCACAGUUGAGACACAUACAAGCUUCAGAUAUUCGCCAGGGAUGUAUUAAUGAUUAUAACAAACCCUUAUAUCCAUGGAUGGAUGGAGAUGGAUGGACAAACCCUUAUAAUCCCUUAGGAUUGUAUUAAGCACAGAUCUUAUUUCAGGCAUCUCACCAAAACAACUUUGAAACUAAUUUACGGCUUUUAUGACUCAUUCUAGCACUGCUCUAUUUAAUAAUAGAGUUGUAUAACUUAACAUAAAGUUGUGCAAAUACAUCUUUCAACAAACAAACGUAUUAAAUUGAUUUUAAAUGUACUUUGGGGGUGUUUUGAAAUGUUUAUUCUAGCUGCUUUUCUUCCUCUAGGAAGCAGAAAUACUGCAUUUUUUGAAUAUAUCUGCAUCGGGAAUGUCUGUGUCAUCUUUGCUCAUGAAAUCCGAAUAGCUUUAUUCGCCAAAUAUAGAAAGUACAAAGGAAUUUGAACUGGUGAAGUAAAACAAGAAGGUAAAAGGUUCUAAAAUAGAUUAAUUGUAUAAAGAAUGAUCUAAAUGCUUCAUUAUUCUGCACAGUCCUGGCAGUAUAUGCAAAUUUCAUUCCAAAAGAAUAAGCCUCAGUUAGAAAAUCUACAUGAAAUCACAACCGAAUUGCACUUAUUGCAGCACUUCUGAUAUAAAUGUUAUUGUUUUAAAGUUGCACAGAGAUCGAAGAGCCUUACUUUAUUGUAUCUGAACAAUUAGACUUUCACUUUUUAUUGAUAUAUUUCUGUGUUUUUAUAUACACCUGGUUUUUGAUCAUUGGGUACAAAUGUAAUGAAAAGCACUUUGCAAAUAAACUUGAUUUUUGUCA